AUGGUGCGGCAGGAGGCGGGGGGCCUCGGGGACUGUGGACCGUGCCCGUCCUUGCUGCCGCGGCCCGAGCCCACGCCAGCCCAGGAUGUGGCCCCUCCCUCGCCCCUCCCCAGCCCCCUGCUGAGCCCGCAGGCACCCGAGGGCCUGGCUUGGGCCCGGGCAGCCCUUGCAACUAGAGUCUGGAGCCGCCUGCAGAAGCCCUCUUCCCGAGGCUGGGGCCCGGGCCUCGCCCACCGCGCCCGCUGGGCCCCCCAGGCCGCUCAGCGGCAAAGACUCUUUCUGCCGAGCUCGAGGACGGUGAAACACAGUAAACGAAAUAAACAAAUAAUGCUAGGUGCGAAGGCUGCGGUCUUCAAUAAGGUGGUCAGAGAAGGCAUCCCCGAUAAGCUGGAGGCUGGGGAAAUACCCACAGACGCUUGUGUGGACCUGCUCGACUCCCUGGGAAACAGCCAGUGCUCAUCCUGUCACCUCUUCUGGCCAACAGCGAAGGUCUUCUUCUGCCCGGUGGUCACACUGGGAAGCAGCCCUGCUCUUGACCUCGGCCUCGAGCCCGUAGGAACGGCGCUUGUUGAAGUGGGUCAUGGUGACUCCGGUGACGGCGGAAGGCUGGGUUCGGGCCUGGGGGUUCUCGCUCUCGGCUCCCCUGCUCCUGGCCCUGAGGAGGGGCUGCAGCACAAGGUGCUCGGCGCUCGCUCCCCUGGCUGGCGCAGGCGUCGCUGGGCCCCGGGCGGCGCGAUGCGGGCCGUGCCUCGGCUGCUCAGCUGA